UUAACUUUUAUCCCUUCACACAGAAGAGUUCCAUUCCACAUAUUGACCACAUGACUUCAUGAUGGCAGACGAAAUUGAAGGUGCGAAUGUUUUGGCUCAGGCAUUAAAGGCUCAGGGUGUGGAGUAUAUGUUUGGCAUUGUUGGUAUUCCUGUGAUUGAGGUUGCGUAUGCUGCACAAGCCCAUGGCAUCAAAUACAUUGGAAUGCGAAAUGAGCAGGCUGCCUCCUAUGCUGCCUCAGCCAUUGGGUAUAUGACAGGGAGGCCUGCUGUAUGCCUUGUUGUCUCAGGCCCAGGACUCAUCCAUGCUUUGGCAGGAAUGGCUAAUGCCCAGGUCAAUUGCUGGCCUAUGAUUGUAGUAGGGGGUAGCAGUGAACUCCACCAGGAGGGCAUGGGAGCUUUUCAGGAGUAUCCACAGGUUGAAUUAUGCAGACCUUACUGCAAGUACAGUGCUCGACCAAGUAAAGUAGAGAGAAUUCCAUUUUAUAUUGAAAAGGCAGUUCGACACAGUAUUUAUGGAAGGCCUGGUGUGAGUUACAUUGACCUGGCUGGUAAUAUGGUUACACAGAGAGUCAGGGUAGCAGAUCUAAGUCCAAAUGUAAAGUGUCUUGACCCUCCAAAGACCCUGACAGACCCAGACAAAAUAAAGGAGGCCCUGGAUAUCAUUCAUUAUGCUGAGAAACCACUAGUUAUAGUAGGGAAAGGUGCUGCAUAUGCCAAAGCAGAAAAAUCUGUCAAGCAGUUUAUAGAAUCCACUCGACUUCCAUUUCUACCGACCCCAAUGGGAAAAGGUGUAUUACCUGAUGACCAUGAACUUUGUGUGGCUCCUGCAAGGUCAAAAGCACUACAGGAAGCUGAUGUCAUCCUUCUAUUAGGAGCAAGAUUAAACUGGAUUCUGCACUUUGGUUUGCCACCUAGAUUUAAUGCAAAGGUCAAGGUCAUACAGGUGGAUAUAUGUGCUGAAGAGAUGAGUAAUAAUAUACAGAAUGCAGUGUCUCUAGUUGGAGAUCUAGAUGCUGUCAUGAUACAGAUGAAUGAACAAAUUAGCAAAAUUCCAGGUCAAUUUCAUUUCAACCCUAAAUCUCCAUGGUGGAAAACUCUCAAUAGCAAAGUACAACAGAAUCAAAAGGCUGUGCAAGCAAUGAUGGAUGACAAAAGUGAGCCCCUUAACUACUAUGCAGCAUAUAGUGAGGUACAAAAGUUUCUUCCCAAGGACUGCAUAAUUGUCAGUGAAGGAGCCAACACUAUGGACAUUAGCAGGACCAUGGUUCCCAACCACCUUCCCAGACACAGAUUAGAUGCUGGUACAUUUGGGACUAUGGGAGUGGGAUUGGGAUUUGCCGUGGCUGCUGGGAUCUGGUGCAGGGAUCAUGCUCCUGAAAAAAGAGUCUUCUCCAUUCAGGGAGACAGUGCAUUUGGAUUUUCUGGGAUGGAAAUUGAAACAAUAUGCAGGUACAAGCUUCCAGUAACUCUGAUGAUAAUAAACAAUGGUGGAAUUUAUGCAGGUGUGCCAGAAGAUGUGUGGAAAUCUAUGCAGGCUGAGGAUCUCACACUUAUGUCUCCCCCUACGGCCCUGAUGGCAGCUGCUAGGUACGAGAAGAUGAUUGAGGCCUUCGGAGGCCGAGGUUACUGUGCCAGGACAACAGACGAAAUCAACAAGUACCUUACAGAGGUCACAAAGGACCCAGAGAGGGUGGCGCUUCUCAAUAUCCUCAUCAGUCCUAUGUCCUCGAGGAAAACUCAGGAUUUUGAUUGGCUGACCAAGUCAAAAAUGUGAGGAGGAACAAAUAUUAUAUCCCACAAGCCCCGCGAAGAGGAGUCUGCUCGUUUAUUGUUGUAUUUCUUGGUGAUGCUGAUAAGACAAGGAAGGAUCUUAAGAAGUAGACUUUAUACCUGUAUGCGUAGAGUUUUACCACUUCGUAAAUCUGUAUGUUCACCACUAAUGGCUGAAUCAAUGUCUGAUCAAGCAGGAAGUCCAAAAUCAGGGAGCGAGGAGGACAAACGACCCCAGUUUGGGGGACGACUCCUGACUAAUCCAGAAGAUGUCUUUCAGCACAAUGCAUGGGAUAACGUGGAGUGGGAUGAAGAACAAGAGAUCAGUGCCAAAAAGAAGACUCAGGAGCAGUUAACAACAGCACUGCCUCCAGAGAAACAAGAAGAGUAUGAGGACCUUGCCGAUGACUACUGGGACAAGUUUUACCAGAUUCACCAGAAUCGAUUCUUUAAGGAUCGACACUGGUUGUUCACAGAAUUUCCAGAGCUGGGUCCUGAUGGAAAAUGCAAUGAGGAUAUUGAAAGUGUAAGAGUUGGUCAGGAAUUUCCAGGUCACAGAGCAAAAAGGAGAAUUCUGGAGGUUGGAUGUGGAGUGGGAAAUACAGUCUUUCCUGUCUUGCAAACAAAUAAUGAUCCUGACCUGAUGGUGUACUGUUGUGACUUCUCCUCCACUGCUGUCCAGCUUGUGAAGGAGCAUGCAGACUAUAACCCAGACACGUGUCAUGCCUUUGUAUGUGACAUCACAGACGAGAGCGCCGUGAUACCGGUCCCUGACCAAUCACUAGAUGUUGUGAUUCUGAUAUUUGUGUUAUCAGCAAUCCACCCAGACAAGAUGCAGUAUGUAUUGAAUCGCCUCUCUCAGCUUCUGAAACCUGGAGGAAGAAUUCUGUUCAGGGAUUAUGGGAGAUAUGAUAUGGCUCAGUUACGUUUUAAAAAAGGUCACUGUCUGUCUGAAAAUUUCUAUGUUCGAGGAGAUGGCACAAGAGUUUAUUUCUUCACACAAGAGGAACUAAGAGAUAUGAUGAAAAAAGCAGGUUUAACAGAAGAACAGAACCACAUAGACAGACGACUUCAAGUCAAUAGAGGGAGGCAACUCAAAAUGUACAGAGUAUGGAUACAGUGUAAAUAUAGGAAAUAAACAGUUAUAACCUA